CUAUCUACUCCAGAAUAGCGCGCGGCGGUGGAGCAGCAGCAGCAACAGCAACAGCAACGGCAGCCUUUCUCCGGAUCCUCUCGGCUAAUGUUUGUUUAUUUAUAUCGAUUUUGUUUUGUCCAGAGUAAGCCUGGCAGGGUGAGAUUUGCUGCGGGAUGUCGGUGCUCAAGGAGAACCAGUGUUACGGUCUGUCCAGCGGUAAACUGAGCCGCGGUGGUAACGUCUCCGUCUUUCACGUCAAACUCACUGACAGCGCGGCAAGAGCCAUUAGCACCUUUCAGAACGGCAAGGGUUGGUCCUCCCAUCCCACCAUCUGUUUUAAUGGAAACCAAGGGAGAAUCAGGAUCCCUUGCUCGAAGGAUAGCAAUGAAGCAAGGACUUUCACCUUUGGCGUGACCAAUGUUGCCCGUGACAAUCCGCAUGGAAGCUUUGACUGCAUCCAACAGCUCAGCACUGGUGCUGCCGAGGAGCUGUCAUGUCUCGGGGUGAUUCAGAAGAAGAUGACAGUCAAAGCCACAGAUGACUCGUACGAUAAGGCUCUUCAGAGCAUGGCUCAAGUUGAAGAGGAGACGCGUAGCCGAGGGGCCAUUGUCAUCAAACAUGGGGGACGUUUUCAGGGCAAGAAGGUCACAGUACGAGCCCCAGCCCCAGCGCUGGCCAGCCUGACCAAACCUCGACCCUCGCCCCAGUCCCUCCUCAGCAACAUUAAGAAGGGUGUCGGCAUGUCCAAGCUGAGGAAGGGCGCCUGUGCAUCAAACAGGAGGAGCGUGAGUGACGUGCGGGAGAGGCCGCUCAAGGAGAGGGUGAAACACCUGCUGGCUCUGAGGCCGUACAAGAGGCCUGAGCUGAUCUUGAGACUACAGAAAGAUGGACUGACAGCGGGAGACAACGAUAUGCUCGACUCUGUGCUGAUGGAGGUCGGCCAGCUCAAUAGAAGAGACAACACUUUUGUACUAAAGGACGGUCUGUAUAAGGAGCUGCAGAAGGACUGGCCUGGCUACACCUCAGGGGACCAGCAGCUUCUAAAGCGAAUCCUUGUCAGGAGACUGUUUCAACCACAACAGAACCUCCUCUCUGUCCCCGAGGCCCAGGUCAGCCCACUGCGAGACACCCCCAACUCCUCCCCAGCACACCGCCCAAAACAUUCCCUGCCAGAGGAAUACACUGACCCUCUGGCUAGCAAGAAACCCAGGAUAUCCCACUUGUCUAGCAAAACAGCCAGUGACAAGUCAAGAUUGAGGUCAUCUGAACAAGCGGCUCAUAAAGAUGUCACACGAGCCACAGGGGAUGACAGGCAAAGGAACUCGCUUGAUCCUCGAAAGCUUUUUGACUCCUUGCAGUCAGCAGUCUGUCAGCAGGAAACCGAGGUGACUGACAGGCUAAAGCCAACUCCCUGUGCUCGGGAGGAGCCUGAAGGCCACCCUCAACCCGACUCCGAUCGCCCCCCGUCCCCUCUGAUAGUGCCCGAUCUUGACAGACACACAAUCAAAAGGAAGAAGAGCAAACACAAACACAGAGACCACGAGAAGGAGAGGUGGAGAGACAAGAAAGAGAGGAGAACGCAUCACAGCUCAGAGGAUCCAAAGAAGAAAGUCUCUCUGGACUGCACUGACCCUGAAGAAAUUUUGUUUGCCUCUAAUGUGCUCCAAGCGGACAAUGACACAGUAGAUUAUUUAUCGACGUAUACGAAGAUUUGCAGCCAAGACCAGAGACAGGGUUACAAACAAGACUUUAACAAGGAGUACAACGAGUACCGAGAUUUACAUGCCCAUAUCGACAGCGUGACGCGGCAGUUCAUGGAGCUGGACACACAGCUCAAACAGCUACACCAUGAAUCACGUAAAUACAAGACAGUACAUAAUAAGAUUCUUCAAGAGUAUCGCCGUAUUAAAAAGUCCAACCCCAACUACAGCCAGGAUAAGAUGCGCUGUGAAUAUCUACACAGCAAACUGGCCCACAUAAAGAAGCUCAUAUCAGAGUACGACCAACGACAACUGGGCGCGGACCGUUCCUUUCCAAACUGAAGAAGCUGACUCGCAGACGAGUGAACUUGGUGAUUUCAAUAAACACCCCGAGGCAGGGAUGGUUCACGCUGCAAAGCCCGAGCUGGUUUCUAUGAGCAGAAUGGCUAAACGCAGUCUCACGAGACCUGCUGGAAAUGUCAGUGAGGUUGGGAAGUCAUUCGUGAAGAGCAGCAGUAGUACGCCGGGGAAAAGCAGCCCUUUUAAUAUGAGUUCUUUUCUUGGAAUAUGAGAUAUUUUCUUUGAACCUAAGGGCUGGUACUACAGUGACAUGAUACUGCCAUGGACAAAGAGCGUAACAAUAGUUUUACAAAGGCUCUUAAAACUAAGCUCUUUAAAAUGAAAACUGAUAAACGUGGAGGGAAGGUGCAAAGCCUAAAAGAAACAAAAAACACUUGUAGAUUCCUGUCCGCAUCACACAUUUAACUUCUUUUGUGAAUGAGAUGAAAACAUCAAUUUGAGUAUUUGCUUAUGUGUUCUGUCAGCCAUGUCAGAGUUCAAGUUUUCAGCUGGAAGCAUGUUAUAAAUGCACACUGCACAUACCCAGACAGCUCAUAUGAAAAGCAGGUGAGGGUUACUUCUCUCCUUGUCAGAGAAGACAUGGCAGCUGGGAUGCAGAUGUGCACAUCCUGGGAAGACAUCUGUCGUCUUCUUUGGGUUCGGUGAGAUGAAACUGUAUCGGUGUUGUUGUCAGUUCUCAGUUCAGGCCUGAUCUACUUGGUAAGGUAAUACUUCAGGACUGGAUUCAUAGUAUUCCACUGGUGUUAUCCUUCAUUCGUCGUUUUCUUGGAGCACAGAAGACUGUUACGUUGAAUAUAAUGUGAACUUGAAGUUGUAUUCAGGGAAUUAACAGUAUAAGUUGCAGUAUAGGUUUGAUUUGAAACUUGUUUUAAUUAUCAGAAUAGAGAAAGUUAUGGAUUUGUUACUGUAAGCUGUGAUGGCAAAAGAUUGAGAUAUAAAAAGAUAUUGCAUGCAGUGUAACUUACAGAAUGCAUGAGGAAAUAAAUCAGAUUUUGUUGGAAUUUGAAAAA